AUGAACAUAGCCUGGAGGUUUAGAAUAAAAAUAUUUUUAAUAUCUUUUAUAUUGAUAAUCAUUUCAAGGUUAAGUAAAGAAAUUAAUUUAAUUCCAACUUUUGAAGCUUAUAAUGAUAAUAUGAAAAGAUGUACAUUUGGAAUGUUUGAUUGUAAUCCAGAAUUGGAUAUACCUAUAUGUAUACCUUUUUCUAAUGUUCGAGAUUGUAUAAAAGAUUGCCCUAAUGGAGAAGAUGAACUUUGUGGAAAAAAACAAACAUCUUGUGAUACUUCAAUUAAUUGGGAUAUUUAUGAAUGUGGUAAAUGUAUAGAAGAAGAUAAAGAUGAAGUUUAUUGUAUUGAUAGUAUAUAUAAAAGAUUAUGUAAUGAAUCUUCUACUAUUCAUUGUAUGACAACAAAUAAUUGUAUUCCAUAUCAAUGGUUAAUGGAUGGAUAUGAUGAUUGUGGUGAUGGUAGUGAUGAAGAUGAUAGAUUAAAAGAAAUAAUCUUAAAAAUGGAUUUAAAUGCUACUGUUGGUAGUCAUAUUUUUAAAAAAAAACCAAAUCCAAAAAAAUUAAAAGAAAAAGAAAUAGAAAAAAUAGAUAUUUAUAAAGGUUUUUAUCAAGAUGGUAUUUUUUCUUGUAAUGAAAAUUUAUAUAAAUGUGUUAAUGUAACAGAAUGUAUUGAUAUAUUUAGAGUUCUUGAUGGUAAUGAAGAUUGUUCUGAUGGAUCAGAUGAAAAUUAUUGUAAAAAUUUUUUACCUGGUUGUAAAGAAAAUUGUGCUUUUCGAUCAGAUCAUGUAAAAUUUGUUUGUCAAUGUCAAAAACCAUUAUUACGUAUGUCUAAUGGUGUUUGUGGAGCAAAUGGUUCAAUACCUCCAAUUGACUGCGCUGAUUAUAGAGUUUUUUAUCAAAAUACAUUACCAGGUAUAUAUAAAAUGUCAGCAAGAAACUGGAUGGCCAGUAAUCAACAUGAAAAUAAUUUUGAUGUACUAUGUAAUUUUGCAUUUAUGGGUGGUGGAUGGACAGUUAUUAUGCAAAGAAAUAUUAAUAUUAAUAAUAGUAAAAUAGAAAAUUUUUUAAAUUUUAAUAGAACAUGGAAUCAAUUUGCUUUAGGAUUUGGUGAAAUAAAUAAUGAUAAUGAUGAAUUUUGGUUAGGUAAUGAUAAAAUAUAUUUAUUAACAAAUAGACCAGGUUGUCAACAAGAACUUGGUAUAUUAUUAGAAACAACAACAACAAAAGAAAAAAUAUUUUUAAAAUAUGAAAGUUUUCAAAUUAAAGAUGAAUUUAAUUGUUAUGAAUUAAAACUAGGACCAUUAAUAUAUACAAGUAAUAUAUUUGCAUAUGAUAUUUUAGCACCAUCAAAUGGUGGAAAAUUUUCAACAUAUGACAAAAGAAUAAAUAAAUUUUGUCCACCAAAUUCUAUGAAUCCAUGGUGGUCACAUUCAACUUCAUGUUCAUUAGAUUAUUUAACAGGAUCACCAAAAUCAAAUAUGAUAUAUAAAGGUUUAUCAUGGGGACCAUAUAGAAUAAAAAAAAUUAAAAUGAUGAUAAGAUCUAAACAUUAUCCUUUACAUUCACCAACAGCAGUACCAUUACAAUUUAAUUCAAUAUAUGAAGAUAAUUUUUAUUCAAAAGUUUAG